UGCAAUCCCAGAGGAUCUCUCAUAUGAGGGCUUUGUCCAUGAAGUAAUUCGGAUCGCUGACAUCCUGUACCGAGUAAACCUAUCAGCAAGAUACCAAAAUUAUACUUACAACCAGCCAACAGCCAGCCUUAACAUGUACGAAAGGUGUCAAUCGCCCAAUCGCGAUGGGCCAGUGCCCCUAGAACAGAUGGACUGGCAACCUACAAGGAGUAACCAGGGUGGGACGGAACAGAAACGAGCCAAAUGGGUGCCAGAGAAGGAAAUCCAGCGCUGGCGAGCUAAUCGGCUGUGUAUAUGCUGCGGAGCAGGAGGCCACUACAUCCAGAAGUGCCCUUACCUACCAGCCAACCGCCCAUUGCCUAUAAGGUCAGCAAGAGCUACUGCUGCUCAGGCACCUCCACCGCCAUCGCUUGAGGACGAGCCUACCAGCAAAUCAGAUUCGGAAAAAGAGUAGCUCCUGUUGAAAGUCACCAACAGGAGCCACCUGCAACCUACAGGCAAGCUCUUGAGGAGUGGAAGAAGUUUAAAGGCCAGCACAUGGAUGGAGAGGCUAUUAGCGUAUAUGCAUUAGUUAAUCAAACUGCCUAC